UCGGGGAGGAGCAGCCCUGCACAGCCAGACUGAGCACCGAGAGAGAGAGCAGAAACAAAGAGAAGGACUCGGAGACAGAGAGCCCCUGGAUAGGGUGGAGGCAGGAUCCGGGGUGUCUGCCCCCUCCACCCGAGCUGCAGGCAAAUACCCCACCCUGGGGUAGACAGCACCCCCGGACCGGAUGGAGAUGUAUUGUCUCCUGCUUGUUCUAAAAAGAAUGCACAAUUCGAUGAAAUCCAGAUGCAGAGAUGAGUGCUUGGCUUUCUCAGCCUUCUGAAAAGCAUUUCUCUUAGAUGUAGGCAAAAUAUUGCCGUUACAGCUAAAGACUUCGAUCUCUUAAGUACCUCUUCGUGAAAUCCAGGGGAACCGUGUAGAAUUUUUACAUGAGGAAUACCUUAAAAAGUGAUGUUUUACUGGAAUCAUUGAAUGCACACUGCAUUCCACUGCUGUUUCAUGUUUAGGAUAUGUCACUACUGGAAUUUAGGUCCCUGUUUGGCCCCAAGCAUUAUUUGGCUUCAAAUGCAAAGCAAGAAUCAAAAUAUUUGGUGAGCUCUCAAUUUCAAGAGGAGUAGCCACAAUGGCUCAGACCAGUUUGCUUCAAGGAAAACCUUUCUACUGCAGGGAAUGGAUUUUCCACAAGCUUCAGCAUUGUAUGCAGGAAAAAGCAAACUGCAGCACCUCUUCUGCAAACAAACUUGUUCUUGUGGCAAAUUCUGGGAGCAAUGGCGGCAACACAGGAAAAGGGUCAGCUUGGGGUUUAUUGUUUGUUGGCGGCCCAGGUAGCGGAAAGACGGCUCUUUGUACAGAGUUGCUGUGGCCUAGUUCCCCUGCAGGUUUGCAAAGAGGUCUACAUCGGCAGGUUCUGGCGUUUCAUUUUUGCAAGGCCCAAGACACGGACACCCUUUGCGUUGGAAGCUUUAUCAGGUCAUUAAUUGAUCAGAUUAGUCGGAGUGGACUGAUGCCAGGCUAUGAGGAGAAAUUGAGUGAUCCUUCUGUGCAGAGUUUUCUACAGUCUGGGGAAUGUGAACGUAAUCCAUCAGAAGCCUUUAAAAGGUGUGUUCUUCUUCCUCUUUUGGCUAUGAAGUCACCUUCCCAAAGUCUCCUCUUGGUUGUUGAUUCAGUGGAUGAAGGCUGCAAUGUUGCUGAAGGGGAACACCGGCCCUCUGGCCUAUCGGGGACAAUAGCUGACCUUUUGGCAAGUCAUCAUGAGUUUUUUCCUCCAUGGCUACUCCUCAUCUGUUCAGCUCGCAAACAAAGUCGAACGGUCACUAAAAUGUUUACAGGUUUUCGAAAAAUAAGUUUGGAUGAUCUACGCAAGGCUUACAUAGUAAAAGAUGUGCAGCAAUAUAUUCUUCAUCGCUUGGACCAAGAAGAAGCGUUGAGACAACACUUGACAAAGGAGACUGCAGAGAUGUUAAACCAACUCCACAUCAAAAGCAGUGGGUGCUUUCUCUACUUGGAGCGUGUUUUAGAUGGAGUCGUGGAAAACUUCAUCAUGCUUCGAGAGAUCCGUGAUAUUCCUGGAACUUUAAAUGGCUUAUACCUCUGGCUUUGUCAAAGACUUUUUGUUAGAAAGCAGUUUGCAAAAGUCCAGCCAAUAUUAAAUGUUAUUCUUGCCGCUUGUAGGCCUCUAACAACCAUUGAACUUUUCCAUGCAGUUUGGACAAAAAAUAUGUCAUUAACAAUGGAAGAUUUCCAGCGGAAAUUGGAUGUCCUAUCAAAAGUCCUAGUUGAAGGGUCUGGGAAUACAAAAAUGUUAUUCCAUUAUAGUUUUGCUGAAUGGUUGCUUGAUGUGAAACAUUGCACUCAAAAAUAUCUAUGUAAUGCAGCUGAGGGCCAUCGAAUGCUUGCAAUGAGUCAUACCUGUCGGGCAAAGGAGCUGACCCCAGUUGAAGUACAGGAGUUUGCUUUACAUUUAAUACAUUCAAAUUUGCAACUAACAAAUUCGGAACUAGCCUUGUGGAUGAUCUGGAAUGGAACAUGUGUCAAAGACUCAUUGUGUACUGUAAUACCAAAGGAGCAAGAGGUGCUACAACUGCUAGUAAAAGCGGGUGCUCAUGUCGAUAGUGAAGAUGAUAGAACAUGUUGCAUUGUACGACAAGCUUUAGAAAGGGAAGAUUCAAUUCGCACAUUGCUGGAUAAUGGAGCAUCAGUUAAUCAAUGUGAUUCCAAUGGAAGAACUUUAUUGGCAAAUGCCGCUUACAGUGGCAAUCUUGAUGUUACCAAUUUGCUUGUGUCAAGAGGGUCUGAUCUUGAAAUAGAAGAUACCAAUGGACAGACUGCACUUACUCUAGCUGCUCGCCAAGGACACGUAAAGGUGGUGAAUUGCUUAAUUGGGUGUGGUACAAAUAUAAAUCAUUGUGAUCAUGAUGGGUGGACAGCCUUAAGAUCUGCAGCGUGGGGUGGGCACACUGAAGUAGUAUCUGCUCUUUUGUAUGCGGGUGCGAAAGUGGAUUGUGCAGAUGCAGAUAGUCGAACAGCUCUAAGAGCUGCAGCAUGGGGAGGGCAUGAAGAUAUAGUGCUGAAUUUGCUACAACAUGGAGCAGAAGUCAAUAAAGCUGACAAUGAAGGAAGAACUGCUUUGAUUGCAGCUGCAUACAUGGGGCAUAGAGAAAUUGUAGAGCAUCUUUUAUGUCAUGGUGCUGAAGUUAACCAUGAAGAUGUGGAUGGAAGAACAGCUUUAUCAGUUGCAGCACUUUGUGUACCUGCAAGCAAGGGACACGCAUCUGUAGUUAGCCUUCUCAUUGAAAGGGGUGCGGAAGUAGAUCACUGUGAUAAGGAUGUAAUGACUCCUCUACUUGUUGCUGCAUAUGAAGGACAUGUAGAUGUAGUCGAUCUGCUUUUAGAAGGUGGUGCUGAUGUGGAUCAUACUGAUAAUAAUGGACGUACCCCUCUGCUUGCUGCAGCAUCUAUGGGACAUGCAUCAGUUGUAAAUACACUUCUUUUUUGGGGUGCAGCUGUUGAUAGCAUUGAUAGUGAAGGCAGAACAGUUCUUAGUAUAGCCUCAGCCCAAGGGAAUGUUGAAGUUGUGCGAACCCUUCUUGACAGAGGCUUAGAUGAAAAUCACCGGGAUGAUGCUGGAUGGACUCCUCUGCACAUGGCCUCUUUUGAGGGACACCGAUUAAUAUGUGCAGCAUUAAUUGAACAAGGUGCUAGAACAAAUGAAAUUGAUAAUGAUGGACGUAUACCUUUAAUACUGGCUGCACAAGAAGGACACUAUGAUUGUGUACAAAUAUUGUUGGAGAAUAAAUCUGUAGUUGAUCAAAAGGGUUAUGAUGGUCGAAAUGCUGUUCGUGUUGCAUCUUUGGAAGGACACAGAGACAUAGUUGAAUUGCUUUUUACUAAUGGUGCAGACAUUAAUGCUAAGGAUGCUGAUGGACGACCAACCCUUUAUAUAUUGUCACUGGAAAACCAGCUCACAAUGGCUGAAUAUUUUUUAGAAAAUGGUGCAAACGUAGAAGCUAGUGAUACCGAAGGAAGAACUGCUCUCCAUGUUUCCUGCUGGCAGGGACAUUUGGAGAUGGUUCAAUCUCUUAUAUCAUAUCGAGCCGAUGUCAAUGCAUCAGACAAUGAGAAGCGAUCUGCCUUACAGUCCGCUGCUUGGCAAGGUCAUGUAAAAGUGGUACAACUGUUAAUCGACCAAGGAGCACUUGUUGACCAUACUUGUAACCAAGGUGCUACUGCACUGUGUAUUGCAGCACAGGAAGGUCACACAGAUGUUGUCCAAGUUUUGUUGGAGCAUGGAGCAGAUCCAAAUCAUGCUGAUCAAUUUGGACGAACCGCUAUGAGAGUAGCAGCAAAAAAUGGACACACUCAAAUAAUCAAACUCCUUGACAAAUAUGGAGCCACAACACUAAAUGGAUGCAAUCCAUCCCCUGUUCAUACCAUGGAGCAAAAGGCCUUAAAUCCAUCCUCGACAAAAGUACAGUCUUUAACAAUUAAAUCUAACAGUUCAUCUAGUACAGGUGGUGGUGAUGUGCAUCCUACAAUGCGUGGCAUGUGUAAUGGACCUUCACAUGCUUUUAGCUCUCCUUCAGAAUCUCCAGAUUCGACAGUGGAUCGACACAAGUCAUCACUAUCAAAUAAUUCCUUGAAGAGUUCAAAAAAUUCUUCACUUCGCACAACGUCUUCUACAGCAACAGCUCAAACCGUGCCUAUCGAUAGUUUCCAUUGCCUUUCUUUUACCGAACAAAUUCAGCAGCACUCGUUACCACGUAGUAGAAGCAGACAGUCUGUAGUUUCUCCUACUUCUACAACACAUUCUUUGGGACAAAAUAAUUCACCAACAAGUGAAUUUGAAUGGAGCCAAGUUAAACCUAGUUUAAAAUCCACAAAGUCAAAUAAAGGAGGUAAAGGAGAAACCUCAAACAAAUCAGGCUCUGUAGGAAAGAAAACAAAACCGAAUAGUUGUUCUCAGCCUAAAGUAUUGGAGUAUGAAAUGACUCAGUUUGACAAAAGAGUACAUGUGCCAAGUCCUGUAACUGGGGUGAAUGUACCACUAAAACAGGUCCCAGUUGACACUGCAUCUAAAAUACAAAUCCCAUCUGUGCAACAAGAGGUUGGCCGCUCUCAACAACAAUUUCUGAUUCAACAACAAAGUGCCGAACAGAAGAAAAGAAAUGGCAUAAUGACAAAUCCUAAUUAUCACCUUCAAGGAAACCAAGUUUUUCUUGGUAGAGUUUCUGUGCCACGUGCAGUGCAAGGCCGCGGACAUCAGGAUGUCUUGGAAGGCUACCCUUCAACAGAAACAGAGUUAGGCCUUAAACAGUCAUUGAAACUUCAAAUUGAAGGAUCUGACCCUAGCUUUAACUACAAAAAGGAAACCCCACUAUAACUGGUUUAAGAAGCACAAAAAUAUAAUAUACUGAAAAAUGUCAUCCAUCAUCGCAAAAGCAUAAAUAAUUUAGAUCUUCAAAGAAAACAUGUAUUUGGAAACUUCUAAAGGAAAACUGACUUGAAAAUUGCUUUAAUGUGCCUAGUUGUAGGCUACUUUGUUAAACAUGUGUGCUUAAAAUGUACUGUGCACAGAAAUGCACUUUGUGACUGCAGGCAGCCCCCCCCCCCCCCCCCCCCCCCUCCCCCUCCAGAAACACUAGUUCUACACUCAGAUUUAACUCCGACUCAGAAUCACGCAUAUAAAUGCCUUUGCAGUGAAUUUGACAUAUUUUCCUUUUCUUAUUUCUAUCGGUUUAUGUAAAAAUCCAGGCACUAGGGAUGCUUUUAAUAGUAAAGUUAUUGGUUAAUAAUGUACCUGUUGCUUCUGCAAUGUUUAGUUGUUUUGCCUUAAAAAUACAUCAUAGAUCUAAUCUGUGGUGCAUUGUUUUUUAAUUCCUGGGUCAGAUCAAAACGUGGUCCUCAUGCCUUUUGAUGGGCUCCCAACGGUUUUAACGGGCACAUUGUAUUCCCUGGGCCCCUGGCACUUGACCUACAUAGCAUGGUUUACUGUACCCAAAGUAGACCCAAAAACAUUUCUUUGUAGUCAAUGUCUAUGAGCUAAUUGCAGUUGAAGAUUGCGUUGCAAGGCUAGUGCCUUGUACACAUUUUGGUUUACUGUCAAAAAUGGUUAAGAACCUCUGACCUGGUCUAUAACCCCAGUCAGUGAGACAUCUUGAUUUGAUGUUUGACAUCCCUGCUGUAAAUCUUACCUAGAUAAAAUGUUACUGCCACUUAUACAGCAACAAGUGGAAUCUUUCAUUUGGGGGGAAAA